AGGGGAUAUUCAGACGCAGCGACCACGUUUUCGGGGAAUAUAACGCGUGUUAAUAAAAACUCUUAAAAACGGGUUUUUUAACAUCAACGGCGAUGUCUUCGGGCAAGGGUCAGGCGUGCCCCUCGGGUGGUCCUGUCGUGCGCUGUGGACAUCUCCGUAAGUCAGGCUCAUUAAUAUCAGGUCUCAAGCCACUGAAGAAGAAGUACUUCGUCCUUCACGGUGAUAUACCCGGUCAUCCGGCAUGCCUCGAGUACUACGACAACAAGAAGAAGUUUGAUAAUCGACAGCCACCAAAGAGAAGCAUAGCCAUGAGAAGUUGUUACAACAUAAAUCGUAGAAGUGACACGAGGCACAAGCACGUUAUUGCUCUGUACACAAAGGACGAUUGUUUCUCGUUGAUCCUGGAUAAUGACAAGGAGCUUGAGGAUUGGCUGACAGCUAUGCUGCUCCUGUGCGGUGAUGUUCCUGAUGGUGAACAGCCCAAACCUACAUUUGAGCACGUGUGGCAGGUGACACUCCAAAAAAAGGGUCUGGGGGAACGAAAGAACCUCCAUGGGCCCUACAGACUCUGCCUCACUGAUAAGACACUGAGUCUCAUUAAAGUUGGGGCUGACGACAGCACUGAUUGCCUAGAAUUCCCAUUGACAACAAUCAGAAGAUGUGGAUGUAUGGACAGAAUAUUCUACAUGGAAGUGGGUAGAUCAGCUGUCACUGGUGAGGGUGACUAUUGGAUGAAGGCAGAGGACAAUAACAUCGCUCACAACAUGCAUGCAGCUAUCAUGAAUGCAAUGAGUGGCUCUGGAAAUAAAGAGAAGGACGAGGUACUACCUCAGACGAGGAAGAGAAGUUCUUCUGCCAAUGAGGCCAGCAAACCCAUUGCUUUCAUCAGGAGGAGACCCACUGGCAGCAAAGCCCUCGGAUUCUCACCCUUAGGUGCGACAGGUCGUGACAGGUGUGACAGCCUGCCCUCGCGUGCGAGAACAGCAUCAGAGGGUCAUCCAGCGCCCCUGGUGCUUGGUCAUUCUCGAAAUGCUCACCUGGUGCUCCAUCCAACGAGGCCCCACUCCAUGUACGGCAGAGGCCUCUCGUACUCACCUCCAGUCUCAUCCAUGCCGAUAAGUCCAGCCUCUGGUGCCUGCUCAACAGACUCAGCGGGCUCGUCAUUAUCAAUGGACGAGGGAGGUGAUAACAUGAUCGAGGAGAGCACCACGAGGUAUGGGCACUCGUUAACACCGGACGAACCAGUCAUCCUCGAGGAGAAUGCGGAUGAUUAUGUUCCAUGGUCUAACAGUGGACAGGCGAAUAAAUACUCACCCAAUUUCAAGUCACAUUCGCCGUCUCAGCAAAGUUCCUACGUGGAGAUGUACAGUCCCUGCGGCUCGAGUCCAGGUCGUGGUGGUGCUUACAUGCCAAUGAGCCCAGCAACAACUGGUCUGAGUCACUCUCGAGCCUCAUCCCUUGUUGAGGAAUCAACUCUACCCGAUGGCUAUGUUCCAAUGGCACCUGUUGGUGACGAUGGUUAUGUCGCCAUGGAUCCAUCCAAUGGACACAAUGGACACUUCCCCGAUGACAUGUCACAGCAUGGCUCCAGCUGUUCUGUCACCAGUGGAACACCAUCCACUGAUCUCAGAUUGUCAGAUUAUCCAUUAGACAAGGUCUCGAGCUUCCUGACACCGUCUGACGAUCUUCCCCUGCGGCCAACACGUGCCUACUCAGUGGGCUCACGUCCCGAGCCCUCCAACAGACAUCGAAAAAAUCGCCUGGACAUUGCCCUACAGGAGUCAUCAAGAGUCAGGGCAUUUUCAGUUGGCAGCAGAUCGAAAAGACCCGAAUUGGGUCGUAUCACCAAUAUCAUCACCUCUAGGUUACCCACGAGUGUUGAAAAUGUCAAUCCUAAUAAAUCCAACUCAGCGCCAAUGCUGUCAAGCUCCUGGGGGCACAAUUCAGUCGCCAGUGAACGUAUGGAGGACCUCAUGGAGAUGGAUUUCACGAGGACCAAUGUACCAACGACUAUUUCAUCAUCACCAUCGAGUUAUUCGCAGUCACAGUCGUACUCCACUGCCACUGACACAAGCUCUUAUGUGGACAUGUCACCUGGACAACCGCAUGCCAGCAAUACUGCCCCCUAUGUAGAUAUGAGUGGUGUUAAUAAGAUCAAUAGAAAUAACAACAACAACAUUACCACGACUAAUCACAAUCACAAUCAUGUGCAUUCCACGACGACAUCUGUCAUUCACAAACCAUCUCUGAAGACUCUGAAACCUGUUGUCGAGGCUGAACCAUACAUGAGAAUGAACAGCACCUUGGAUGAUUGGAGGAAUGAUAUGAGUCCUAAACAGCCACCAUCACCGAUGCAGGACGAUUAUAUGCAGAUGAAUGGUCCACCAGGAGUAAGUAGAACAGCUCCAGUGGACCUUCCCCAGCCCCGUAAACCUCCAGAAGGUUACGUGGAGAUGGGCCCAUUCAAGGCCCGCCCAAGUCUCGAGCAGGACUACAUAAACAUGACGACCGGAGUAAAUCGUCCCCGUCGACGUCAGCGUCCAGGUAAUCGUAAAGAAAAGAAUCGUUCACAGCCAAUUGCUAUUCAGGCAUCGAAGCCCUCAAAAAUCCCAAGUUUCCUACCCCUGACUGACUCACCCAGCUCUGAAACCCUAACAACUCCUACCAGCUCCACCACGAUAUUUCCCUUCUCCCUGAACAGUCCCCAAUCGCCAGUGAAGGCAUUCGACACCCCAAAACAGAUAUCAGAGACCAGCUCCUCCGACUGCUCUCCCGACGUCUCAAAUUACGCCGUCAUGACCUCCCUCUCAGCGACAUCAGCGCCAAUAGCAAUUCAGAAUGAUCCGUCAAAAGUCGAGAGACCGGAGAGUCCCCUCAAGUCCCCACUGAAAACCCUUGCCAUCAUUCUGUCCCAAAAUACCACCUCAAACCCCCAAAAUCCAAUUUCCACAAUUCAAAAUCCCCUCCAAAUGGCGCCAAUAGUUCCCUGCCCCCCACCCGCCCCCACAUCAGGCCCCGCGAACCCCGGGGACACGCCCCUGAGUCCCCUAGCCAAGAGAUUAACCGAUAAUCUGACGAAAAAGAAACAGCCGAGAAAUACAACCUCACCGAUAACGAUAUCUCUCUCGAACACCUCGAAAGACGAGCCUAGUCCCACCACCAAUCAAAAGCCCGAAAAGCCGGACUCCCCUGGGGCCCGUGAGGCCCCAAAAAAUCCCCCCGACAAUCCGCCGAUGCCACAGUCCCCCGUGACGAAAAAAUUAUCCGAGCUGUCGAUAUCGAAAUCGAAAUUAGUGGGUCCAUCACCCAACACAAGUCCCACACAGACGGGGACCCUCAAGGGGCCCAAAGCAAAUUCACCAAAAAUUCCGGACGAUACAACACCCACAGUCACACCCACCCCAACUCCCACUCCACUGGACUCCGAGGGCUACGAAAAAUUACAGCCUGGAGUGGGACUACUCCAUUACGCAAGUUUGGAUCUUCCUGAGUCAUCAUCCGUACCCCCUGUUUCACCCACGCCUGCGCAAGAGGGCUUCCGGUAUGCGGAGAUUGACUUUGCGAAGCUCAAGCAGAAUUAAUUUGGGGGGAGGUUUUUUUCUCGGUGAGAGGUUGUUGGGUUAUGGAGAAUUUUUGGGGUUUAUUGAUUGAGGUUUUGAGGUGAUUCUGGUGGGGGCAGGGUUUUUUUUAGAUUAGGAUCUGUAGAUGGGUUAGUUUGAAGUGGCCAUUUUUUUUGAGCCGUCGAUCGUCGAAAUCGGUCUGCUGGUUGCUGAGAUAUUGCAAAACGGGAUUCUAUAGCUGUCAAUAGCUCUUGGAAUUGUCGAUGGCUAUUGAUGGAAUAGUGGUCCAUUUUUUGGCAUUGUUCGGGACAUUUUGUUUGAGUCUUGACCCGUUGAAAUCGAUCUAUUAGUUCCUGAGAUAUAGUAAACAAAUUCAGAAUGAAUUGGGUUUGGAGAAUGGAAUCUAUAGAAUUCUAUAUCUCCUCCAAUUUUUGCUCGAUCACAAAGAAUCCUUAUUUUAUAGCGGAUGCCUGCCCUUCACGUUGAGCUUCUGUGGAUAAGGAAAUGUAAUUUUUUUGGAGAUUAAAUCUAUAGCUCCUAUAUCUCGAUUAAUCAAUGAUAUAUUCCGGAAUACAGAUCUUGCUCUUCAAUUUGACACCCAUCACUCAGCUAUAGAUAGAAAACAUUUUUUUGUCAUGAAAGAGAUAAAGUUAAUGUAGGAAUCUAUAGACUACAAGAUCUGUGUUUUGAGAAUGGAUUCUAUAGAAAUGGGUAUCUCGAUAAAUUGUCUGCUCACCUGCCCAUUCAUUGUUGAGACGUUAGAAUUAUACAGAAUGAAAAAUCGACAUUUUGUUUAGAUCAAUUCUAUAGCUAUAAACGUCAAUAUCUCCAAUAAGUGAUAACUUAUUUCAAUUUUUCGUUACAAAUUAUAUCCCCUAAUUCGAAACCUGAAACGUUAGAUUGUACCCAAUGAUUAUGCAGUGAACUAGAAUGCUAUUAAAAUCCUAUAGACAGCGUCUGUAACUCAGUGAAUAAUCAUGCAAUCUUGAUUUUUUUUAAAUACAUUACAACCACUGAUCGAUACUGUUCAAUCGACGAUCAAGUUUUCAAAAAUCUCUUGAUGAUAUCCACGGAUAUAGAUUCCUAACCUAGAAUUUCUAUAGCUGUUAAUCUGUCGAUCGACUAAUAAUCAAUUUCAAUUUACCCCCAUUUUUCGGUACAAAUCAUACUUCUCAAUUCCUUUGGUUAUAUAAAAAUCGAAAUGCUAUAAAAAUCCUAUAGACAGCGGCACAAAAUCGUCUAUAUCUCGGUGAAUAAUCAUGCAAUCUCGAUAAAAAAAAAUUCAUUACAACCAGUGAUGAAUAUUCUUGGAUUCACCACUAAGUUUUUCCAGAAUCUAUUGAUCUAAAAAUCUAAAAACUCUAUAGCUUUCAAUAUCUCGAGAACCAAUGGACUGAUAUGGGCCCACGAUGGCUAAUUUUUCUCAUAAAAUCAGGCCCAUCAUUUCUCCACGAAAAAAAAUCACCCCCCGCUCCAAAUCCAAUAAUCAAUACACCCAAAAAAAUCUCACCAGUAGAUUUAUUACCUGCGAAUUAUUACCUAAAAUUAAUUAUUUUGCUGGAAAUGAGAGACUUUCAUCGGCUCUAGUCUCGGACUUCCUGAUGAACUAGUCUAGGUGAAUUGCAAAUGUAAAACUGUAAUCAAUGUAAAUAGUUGAAGAAAAAAAAGAAAUCGAAAAAAAUUAUUUGACGAAUUGGCAACAAUCGAUUUUUUUCGAUCCGUUUCCCUAGAGAUCGGAUAGUAUAUACGUUGUUAUUUCAUUCUGUCUUUUUUUUUGUCAAGGGAGGAAAAAUGAAAAUAUCCCAUACGUGUAGAGUGGAUAGACAAAUUGUUAAUGCUUGUUUAUAAUUAAAUGUUUUUUCUUCUUUGAAACUUUUUUUUUAUGAGAAAGAGGAAAAUUUCGGAAUGAUUGGAUAUUACGAAUCCCUACUUGUGUCCCUCCCACAACCCCGUGAAUUUUGAUCCCCAGUUGAAAACUAUAAAUAAUAUAAAUAAUUGAUGAUUUUUCGAGGAAUGAGUAAAGAAACCCCUUCUAGUGUUUAAGUCAUCGGAUAAAUAUAUAAAUAAAAUAUAUAUGAAAAUAUGAA